AUGACCCCCCCUGCCCACACGCAAGCAUUCGAAGAUGCGAUCAAGAUUACACCCGUGUCUUCUCAUACCUACUCAGCUAAUCUCGUUAGGGAAUGGGCUGUUGGUAAUGCGGCAAAUGGGGGUUAUAUAACCGCGAUCCUAUACCGGCUAGCAAUAACCCAUUUCCAGAACGCCCAUCCAACUUACCACUCCUCCCAACCAAGGCCAAUCAAUAUGCAAUUGUCUUUCCUCCGGCGAUCACUUGUGGGGCCAGCUUUCCUAACAGUACGUGAUGUAAAGUUAGGUGCGAGGAUAUCAACGAUACAAGUGACGAUGAGUCAAGCGGACUCAUCAUUCCCCACGGGAUCACGGGGUAAAAAAAUUGACAAAGUGACCGGGUUCGUGACGAUCUCGGACCCAGUGUCAGAAGCCGGCGUAUCAGCGCCGUGUAGUUGGACGGUAUAUCCGCCACCGCCAGACUCCAAGGCCCCACAAUUCUCACCAGGCCACAAUGGGCAACUCGUUCCGGGCAGUCCCUGGAAGAAAACGAUUUUGUGUUACCCUGAAUUCCGGCGCGCAUCGAGCAACUCGGAAUUUUGGGAACCAGUAGACCCUCGAUUGGACGAACGACGAGCUAUCACCGAUCAGUGGGCUAGACUACGACCAAAUGGGCCAAAAGGGGGUUUGGGAAGAUGGACCGGUGAAGCCCUGGCGUAUCUUGUGGAUAUUUUUCCCGUUGCAUUGGGCAAUUUAGAAAUCAUGACGGCUAAGCAAAUGGGAAGUGAGCCGCCUUUCUGGUUCCCAACCAUUGCGCUACACAUCGAUUUCAAGAAACCGCUGCCAAAAGGUGGAGUGGAGUGGCUGUACAGUCGAAUCACAACGAAAGUUGUCCGUGACGGCAGGACAGAUAUUGAGGUAGUAGUGAUGGAUGAGCAAGGGGAUGUAGUUGCUCUUGCGACUCAGUUGGGGCUGGUGGUGGGAUCGAAUCGUAACACUGGCGAGAAAGCAGGAGGGAGCCAAUCACGAACCUCAAAUCUCUGA